AUGUUUGGCGUUACCCGUAGCCUCGCCAGGUUUCUGGUUCUGGUAACGUGCCUUUCGGUUUGUCUGCUGACCACGUACGAUUGGCUGUGGAGGCAUAUGCCAGUGGUAUCGCUCGAAGAUGUGUCUGCGUUUUGGAGGUCCAACGAGGCGAAUAUUGCUUGCCUUCGCGCUGGGUCGUGCAACCUAUCGUUCUCCAGUUUUUGGGUGAGUACCGUUUUCGGAGCCACAAACUGCACUCAGACCAACAAAUAUUUGUGGAAUCCCGACGCUGUAACCGAUGUCCGCCGGGCAGCACUCCCGGAGGCUGUUGCCGCAUCAGCGCCUCCCCUGUGGCUUGAGGCGUUAUGUCUUACGCUGAGUUUGUUUACGUUGGCGGUUUAUACCGUAAUCCUGUGCUACAUUAUAUGGGUGCGACACGUUAGACUGCUCUGCGAUGCGUUGUCGUUGCUGUUUCGUGCCUUGCGGCAUGUGGACUGGAAUUCGCCGCUACAUGCCAUGCGGGCCAGCUACAAGUUUGGGUGCUAUCUCUACGCCUCCUUUGUUCACGUCUGGUCUGUCAUAUCGCUUCGUGAGCGCCAUGUGUUGAUAUGCGCGUCAGGAAUAUUCUGCGCUAUAGCGUCAAUAAGGAUCGGUUUGGGACGUCGGGGUUUAAGGUGCGUAAUUCCGCUAGGGCUGGCAUCGAGUUUAUACUACUGCGCCGCGAUGUUUCUCAAGCGAUCAUCGCAGCGCCAGCUGACGGUUUUCUUUGGUAGCCAUCUUCCACCCCUAUGGCUUCUGAGCAUGCUGUUUCGGCGCUACCGGCUGCUGUUCUGCCCAACUCUGAAGAUUGUUGAGAAACCCGAGAGCUCAACAGGCAUUGCACAUGAAAUGGGGUGCCUCAUCGACCUGUUCAUUAUAUCUACGCUUCUUCAGAUUUUCGCAAUGGUUCCAUUGAUAGGCUCCUUUUUGCUACGCCCCUUCUACAUCCAGCACAUCAUGUGUUUCAUGUCUGUGCUAAUGGUGCUGCAUUGCGCCAUCGCAAAGUGGUUCAACCGGGAUUUAGUUGUGUCUCCUUUGGGCAGGGUAAAGACGCUGAUCGUCGUCUCUAUAGACACCGCGGUGAACCUUGCGGUGGGUUGGCCACGAAUCCUGAGCAGCCGCAUUUCUAGCCAGAGAAGAUCUGGAGGAUUUAUGCAAGAUUAUGGCACCCGCAUUCGCUCCGCCAUAUCACUAUUGUUCCCCUCGGCUACUGAUCGUUUCGCGGGCUUCAAGGGCCUUGCGUCGGCUCUGCGCUGGCUGACGUUAAUGCCCCACCUGCUCGUUUUCCUGCUGCCGAACAUUUUGUCGCGACUCUACUUCUCGUAUUUGACGUUGCUGUCGCCGAUAAUUCGUGGUCUCAUGCUUGGUAACUGCUGCAGCUUCAGGUCACAAACAGUCGUGGCCUUGAACUUCGUGCUUGCUGGUGCAGCGCGCUGGUUGGCUUCGUCGUUCAGGAUAUCGUUGCUGCCAAUCCACACUGUGUUGUGCCUGGCACUCCCAGUGUGUAUGGACUUGGUUGUGCGCUGCGUUGAGGGCGCAGGCUAG